AUGAGUUCCAACACCUCAUCCUCGGGCGCCGUCGCCGGCGGCGCCGAUAAGAAUCAGCCCAAGACGCGCAGCGCGCGCGCCAUGGACGCCGUUGGGGAAAAGGCGGGCGAGAUUUUCAAGGAGGACUUUGGCAAUGCGCGCAAGGUCGCGGUCGAAGCCAUGAAGAGUCGCGCAUACCUCUACCCGCUCAAGGGCAUCGCCUACUUCCUCUCGCACCGGUCGCUGUGGAAACCGUUCCUGUCGCGCCUCGGCCCACUGCUGACGCUCUCCGCCGGCGUCGUCGGCUCCAUGUUCGCGUUCACCUACCUGCCGCAGCUGGCGGUGCUCGUGUUCGUCAACGGGCCCCUGGCGGUCGUCUCGACGGUGCUGCUGGUGCUGAGCGAGAGCUCGGCCAUCAUCAACGGCGUGGCGCGCGGGUGGUUGCUGCAGGACGCCAUCCUCGACACGUUUGACGGCACGCUGCUAGCGCGUGACGCGGCGGGAAUCGUCGCCGAGGGCCGCGAGCUGCGCGCGGGCUCGUCGCGCGACCCGAUGCGGCGCCUGGGAAAGGUGCUGCGCAGCCCGUUUGACAAGUUUGGGCCCAAGGCGAUGAUCCGCUACCUGAUUUACCUGCCGCUCAACUUCAUCCCGGUCGUGGGAACGGUGGCGUUUGUGUUCUUGCAGGGCCGCAACCGCGGACGCUCGGUUCAUGAGAGAUACUUUCAAUUAAAGAAGUGGUCCAACGCGCAAAAGAAGGACUGGGUUGACACGCACGUCGGGGCUUAUACAUCCUUCGGACUCAUCGCUACCGUCCUGGAAAUGAUCCCCAUCGCGAGCAUGUUUUUUACGUACACAAACACAGUUGGCGCGGCGCUCUGGGCGGCUGACAUUGAGGCGCACAGCACGUCGCUGACGAAGGAGACGGCGCCGAACCUGCGUGCGGCGGCGGACAAGGCGGCGGAGAAACCGGAGCUGUGA